UCUCUCUCUCUCUCUCCUUCUCCUCUGUGAUCUUCUUCUGCAACCUGUAAGGAAUUAAAUCGUCUGAAAUACAUGUUUGGCUUAGGCGACGAUCUCAUUAUUGAAUUUCCAGGGGUGUCAUGGCUCAUAUGGCUGCACCUCUUGGUGAUGUUCUUCCUCUUCUUCCUCCUUCUCUCCUACCUUGGAAUCCAUGUCUUCCAUGCCGCCGAAGACCGACCGAGCUCGACCUACGCCGGUAAAUUUUCGAGUAACGAUCACCCUGGAACAAAGCAAAUCCAGAAAAAUCCCACUAACAGUGACAGCAACUGCUCACUGAUUGAUAACAAGGUGACUGAAAGUCUAGAAACCAUUGGAGGCCACUUGACAACAUCCACAGGAAUAACAAAACUGAAAGUGGGGAAGGAACAAGAUGAGGAAGAAGAGAUAGAAGAAAUGGGGGAAUCUUCACCAAUAAUGCUCAAACAGAGAACAGUAAUGCACUUUUCUGUUAAUCCCUGCUAUUACCUGGGACAAGUUUUAAAGCCUUUUCUGAAGUGCUUGGGUCUUCAAUCCAUAUAUCCGGAUCCCUCAACAACAAAGCAAGAAGGAAGAAAUCCAAAGAAAAUGACACAAGAGAAUCUAUUGGAUCAAGAUCAGAAAGUAGAUCCAAAAACCCUUCAAUGACAUCAGUGAUGGCUAGGGGAGCUCCCGAUACCCAUUCAGAAUACUGUAACAUAACUUUCUAUCUCAGAUGUAUAGCUUUCUCAA